AUGUCACAUAUCACUAUAACCACGCUCAUCUUGUUCAAAUUGCUUUAAGUUGUCCAUCUCAAACUCUCACAAAGUACUUAUUACUUCUUUGAAAAUGAAUACAUCCCAACACAUUUUCCAGUUAUAUCCAUUCCCUUAGAUUUUGACAUUUCAAAUCAAUCUCAAAUAUAAUCAUUAGUCCAAGAAUAAAAUCUCACAGAGGAGUACAAAUACUCAAUUACACCCAAAGCGAAAUUGUUUUCAUUAAUAAAAUCUGAAAAGCAAGAUAUUGAAAUUGUUUAAUUGGAAGAUCAAAAACUUACUUUUCUAUACCAAAUUAAGAACUAUCUAUCUAAUAAUUAGUUGCUAAUUAAUCUCAGCAAUUACUCUAUUCCAUUAACAGGACAAAAUUGUUUCUCCUUAUUCUACCUAAAAGAGGAGUCCUACCUUUUAAUUUGUAAAAUACCAGAAAACAAGAUAGCAAUACAAAUACUUAAUUUGAAUCAGCAAUCUAGCCCAUUAAACUUUACUACUAAAGCCCUAAAUGUUUAGGACUACAAUCCCCUUUGCGAAUUCGAAACCAAUUUUGAGUAUUCAUUGCUUGUGAUAUUCGAAAAAAAUUGCCCACAUUAAAAAUUGGAGACUUUUUUCAUAGAUGAAAAUAAUCAAGAAAUCAUCAAUUAAACUAAUUUUAUCUUGGAAGAAUACAAUAAGUCCAACCAACUCAUUACUAAGAUUAACAUUUGCUCUUCAACUAUUUUACAGAUAUAGACAAAUAAUGAAAGUUUAAUAUUAGAUCUUAAAUCGUUGGAUUUAUUAAAUAUUCUACUUUUCGAUCAAAAAUACUAUUCUAAUGUCUUCCAAUGUAUAGAAUUGCCAAUUGUACAAGUUAGAGAUAAUUAGUUGAGAUUUAAUAAAUUUUCAUUUAAUGUUAGUACUGAAGGCUUCAUUCAAGGUUUUCUUUUAAAUCAAAUAUUUAUUUUGCAAAAGAAUGAUCAUGUAAUAGUAUAUUAUAGUGAUAAUCUGCAAAUAGUUAUAAGAAACUCAUUUUAGUAGUUUUUUAGCCUAUCAAACUUACCGUAUACCUUAGGUGUCACAGAAAAAGGGGACCUGUUAAUAUAUAGGAUUAAGAUACCUCGAUUAAGCUUUACAUAUUAAAAUUCAAGUAAAAGUCUGAUUUUGGAGUAUUAAAGAUAAUCCAAAAAUUACAUAGAAUUACUUGAUUAACAAAUCUUGGAUUUACAGAUUUUAUCUGAAAGUUAACCAAAGUUUCUAAUUAAAAAUAACACCGAAUUCAUAGGAAUAUCUGAAGCCUCUAGAUUAUAGUUUUUGUUAAAUUAGAUAUAAAUGUCUCUUCCCUUGUAAAUAAAAUAAUUAUAUAUAAAUGAAAAACUGAUAAAUUUUUAUGAAGAAACACGCUAAUUAGGUUGCAAUAUCGAUAUCGGUAAUCUAAACCAAAUUUUUAUUAUUAUUAGUUUAGGAGAUGAUUCAUUUCUGAUUCUGUAUAUUUAGAAUGACGCAACUCAAAUAGUAAUAACAAGAUGUGCUAAAGGAACGUUGUAAAUUAUUAAGAAAAUAAAAUUCGCAAAAGGAUUUAUAAAUAUAAUUAAUUUUAAUUAAAACCAAUUUUGUGUUGUUCAAGAAAAUUCAUUAAGGAUCUAUAAAUUCUAAAAUUAAUAAUUGCUUGGAAAAUAUUAUACCUUCAAUCAUACUAUAAUUGCCGCUAGUAAUUUAAAUAACGCAAAUAUUUUGGGCCUUGUAUUCAAAGAUUGUAAUCAAAUAUCCUAUUUCAUUGAUAAUGAUGAUUUAUAAAUCCAUGAAAUCAAGUCAUAAUAUUUAGAAUGUAAUGGCAAUAAAUAACAAAAAUCUGAAUUAUUUUUUAUUACCGAACACUAGAUAUUUUUUAAAAACUAAGAGUUGUAUCAAGAAUAAUUAAUACUAAAAGAAACAAUUAUAAAAGCUGAAGUUAUGCUACAUUUUCGUAAAAUUCUUCUUUUUACAUAAUAUUAAUAGAAGCUAAAAAUACAGCAUUUCAGUUUCUUCUCCUACGAAUUAUAAUUUUUAUAUGAUUGCCCUUUGUAUAAUUAUACUCUGAAGAUCCCAUUAAACUAUAAGCUUCAAGGUCCCUUACUAUCAGUAUUAGCAGAAAAUUCCUAGUAAUAGUCUGUUUUAUUAGUUUAUAAUACCAACAAUGAAGCAAUUAAUUCACUAAUUUAAGUUAUUGAAUUAGAUUAAGAUCACAUCCAUUUUGAUUUCAUCUUUGGGAGUCAGAACCUUUUAUAUUAUUAUUAUCAAAAUGCCUUUUAAAUAAGAGAGUUGGGAACUUAUACAAUUAUUUUUUAAAAUUCUAUUAAAUAAAUAUCUGCAUUCAAAGAAUUAAAUUAUAAUUUCACUUUUGGAACUCCAAUUCUUAAUGAAAUUAUUAAUUACAAUUUUACAGUAAAACAUAUCAACAAUGAUUACAAUAUCAUGCUGAUUUAGAAUGAUACUCUAAGGUUGAACUCAAACAAUAUUUUGGAUAUGUCAAAUAUAUUUAGUAAUAUUAUUUCAAUUGAAGUCGUCUCGUAAAAUUACUAGUUAAUUCGCCCUUUAACAUUUACUAAUGAAAAAAUGACUUGUGAACUUUAUUAAAAUAAUUGUUGUUUCAAUUAAAAUCAACUUAAAUGUUUCAAAAAUAAUUAAAUCUUUGUCUACAAGUCCCCUGAUCUCCGCUGUUAUGUCAUAGCCAUUUAUUUUAAUGAUAGUCAUUCUGAAUGCACUAUUAUUUGCUAUGCAAAUUUAAGAUAUUAGAUGAUAAUGAUAUCAUUCCAAAAUUAUUACUAAUCUAUUAAACCUCAAAUGUAUGAAUAAAAGAUUCUAGAAGAUCCUGAAUUUCAACAUUAUAUUAAUGUAGACGAUUUAGAGAUUAUUUUUGCUGAUAGAGAUCUUGUAAUUGUAAAGCCAGGAAAAACCAAUUAAAUUUUUGUUAUCUUAAAAUUAUAGCAAGGUUAAUAAUUAGGUUUUAAUUACUCGAAUCGAGAGAAUACUUUACUUUCGGUUAGUAGAAUCAAAGAUGAUUAUUAUGUCUUUUUAUAAUAAAGUUAAGAUAAUAUAUUGUAUUCGAUAGUGACAAUUAAUGUCAAUAGGACAAAUGAACGGUAAUAAAUAUUUUAUAAGAAACAAAUACAAGAUUAAAUGUGCAUUUCUAAUAGUCAAUUCAUAGACGCCUCUGAAGAAAUUAAGUAACUACUUCCGAUCUAUUUUCAUAAGAUUAAGACUAUUGAAACUACUUUAGUCGAUGAUGUUCUAGUUAUAGAAUUACUCAUGCUGUUUGAGAUAUAAUUUGGCUUUGUCAUUAGAAUAAGAAUGGAUACAAUAAAAUAUGGAAUUUGUUAGAUAGAUGUUCUAUAAACUUUAAGGUAUCCACAUAAUUCCUAGUUGAGUCAAAUAUUUUAUGUAAAUAAAGACUACAUAAUAAUUUCAAUUAUCAGAUUUAAUAUUCGCAGUUUAAUUCUUUAUGAUAGAUUUUAAGACAAAAACUUAUCGUUGAUUCAUUCAAUUGAUGCGUUCCCUGAAAAUAAUUACAAAAAGAUAGGUAACAUAAAUUAUUAUAUAAUAGAAUAAUUCAACAACAGUCAUCUUGCUCUUGUGAUACUAUCUAACAUCUUUUACGAAGUCUAAAUUAUAGCUCUCUCAUAAUAUAAAUUAGAAUGCAUAAAUAAAUGCAACUUAGCAGCCACUUUAAUAUUAAAGAAUGAAGUAUCAAAUUUAACUAUUACUGUUCAAAAUAAUAAUACUGAAAAUCCUCUCUAAUAUAAUAUAAGAUUGAUUACAAUAAUAUUUGACUUGAUAUCAAUAUCAUUAUUUUUAUAAUUUGGAAAAAAAAAACAAAAAAUGGUAUGA